ACCUGGCUGUUCGUGAAACAUCAACACGGAAGAGGAAAAGGAGCCGCCAAACGGAGCGCAACCGAGCCGCAAUAAGCGGACACCAACCAAACGAAUUUCCCCUCCAAAAACGAGCUCUAGAGCCACGCGCACGAAUUCGCCCUCGCGCGCUGUCUCGCAGCGCGCCUCGUCCCUCCCUCCUGGCCGUUCGGGGUCCGUUCGGCGGCGGGACGGACCGGAUCCCGCUCCAUGGCGGAGGGCUUCGGGCGGUGGGAGUCGGAUCUGCUGUUCCCCGCCGCCGAGUGCGUGCAGGACUCCGCCGAUAGAAUGGAGGGUGUCUACCGCUUACUUUUGCAUGAAAGGAAAGUUAUGCAGGAUGGUACUUCUGAUGCAAAGUUUCAUGCUCCAAUACAAUCUGAGAGAGAUGUGAUUACUGCUCUUGGAACUACCAAAUGGCAGCUGGAGCAAUUUGAGAGGGAAGUGAAUGCUGCUGCAUUCUCUGACAAGUCAAAGUCAAGAGAAAAUGCAAUCUUAAAAUUCAGGCAAUUCAUUAGAGCAAUUGCAGACCAGAUUUCUCAGGUGGAAGAAAAUUUGGAGAGUCUUAGGCUAGGUUCUAGCAGAACUCCAAAACAUUUAUACUCAAGUGAACAUGAUGGUGAUGGGCUGGCAUCCUUCCUUUCUGGUUCCAGCAAGGAUGACCAUGCAUAUCAUUCCACUGGUACAGAUGAAAUUGUGGAGCUUAAGCUUGACAAUGUUCCUUUAGUAAAUGGUUAUCAUUCCACCCAAGAACAUACAACAUAUGAACACAGGAAUUCAGAUAAAGAUGUGGAAGGAGCGGGGAAACGUAAAUGUUCAUGUGGAGAAGGUGCAUGUGAAGGGGAUCAUAACAAUAGCAAUAUGUUUGUUUUGGAUGUUGAUGAUUCUACAAGUAGGAGAUUUUUUUGCAAAAACAAACUGAGCAGACAAUACCAUAAUUUUAUAAGAAACCUAUGGUUUACAAAACGACGUCGUGAUCGUGAAAGCUUUACCAAGAGGAGGAAGGAUGGAGAAGAUAUGGAUAGCUUGAGAAAUGGAAACAUGCUACCUUCUUUCAAUCUACCUCAAUCUGGAAGGGUUAUGUAUUUCUGGCCUGAAGUCAUUAAGAGGAGAUUAUGUAGAUCUGGUUAUUUUACAGAUCAUAAUCAUUCUCAAAUCCGUUUAGUGACAGCAGUACUGAUUGCACUUGCUGUUCUCUGCCUGCUGGUAUCACAUGUGAAAUGACCGAAUCCCGUUAAUAGUUUUGGUUCACGUUGUGUUAUAUAUUACCACAGUCCACGCUGUACUCAUAGUGAUCACGCUUGUGCUGUGUCAUGGAUUCUGGAGGACCAUCAUUGUUUCAAAGCAUUUCAAUGUUGUGCUCCAAUGUGCCAUGCCCUACAGAUGGUAGUUCUGGUUGCUUGCUUGUCAGUGGCAUGAUCUGUCAUAAAAAAUAUUAUUCACUAAUCCCUGUAUUUAUUCAGCACCAACACAUGAUGUAAAAGUUUUUGCUCAUGCAUCAUAUAUAACUCAGAAUUGGCAGGUCAACGAGAGUGGAAUUUCUGGGGUGCGGUUACCUAGUGUUAAUAUAUUGUUAUGAAAGUGAAGGUCGAAUUGAAUAGAAAUGAUCCAUUGUAUUGAACCUAUAGUUUGUAACUGCCCUUACCUGGGAUAUUGUAUCAAAUACGGUUUCCUGCAUGG